GCUCUCUGUGCGUUGCGAUGUCAAUUUAUCGCUUUCCGCUGAUGCAGUAUUCUGUCAUGAUUUUUUUUCGGCUUUUACUAGUUGGUUCAGACAAAUUCCGGGGUCACGGAAACUGUUUAAUUUGCUAAAAUGAGCUGCAACAACACCGCGUUGGAUCCUGAAGUUUUGGAUUUUUAUUACCCUGAUCGAUCGAAGAGUUCUCGGUGCACUUCCAGUCACCAUCCAAGCCAACAACCGCUCCAGCGGAUUGACACAGGACGCUUAUGGGCUCAGCAACAUGCAUUGCAAAGUGGCUCUAAACACAUGCAUAUCACCUGCGACGGAGUAGCGAGCCAUCAAAUAUCGGCCCCGCGUUUUACCACCUCUGGGAAGGCAGUUCAUGGACAACUCCCACUGCGUAAUCAACCCGGUUCCGAGUACCAGUAUCAUCACGGCGCCCAGCGAUAUCGUUCUUCUGUUAGCCCUGUACAGGCUUUAUCAAGUACAUGUGGAAGCACUUCCAGCACUUUGACGUCCUCAAGUGGGUAUCGAACGGGAACCUCUGUCAGCUUGUCUUCCGCCCCACAGCGGGGACACAAACCAGCUACCAGUCUGCGCGCUGUAAAUCUUAUAGGACUUCUUAAAGAAAAAAUAGCGCUUUUACCCGGAGGAAGGUCUCGUCGAGGUGGUCCUUUACUCUGUUUCCCGUCGAAUUCACGCGCCGAUGAAAUCUCAUUCGAAGACUUAUGCUUGUUGGUUUGGUAUUUGUCUUACCUACCAGAGGAACGCGUUAAAAAGUUGGGGUUUUCUGUCAUAGUCGAUAUGCGAUACGGAACUACUUGGCACAGCGUGAAACCCAUCCUAAAAGUAGUGGAGAAAUGUAUUGGUUCCAAUGUGACUAUUACCUACAUCAUCAAGCCGGACAAAAUAAUCGAAAAGCAUAAGGCGAAUAUGGCUAUUGGAAAAUUCAGCUUUGAAAUUCAACUCGUCUCCAUGGAAACGCUUUUUCGAGAAGUGGAUCCAAGCCAGCUUACCGCCGAGUUGGAUGGAAGCCUGCCGUAUCAACACGAUGAAUGGAUCCAGAUUCGUUGCUGUCUUGAGGAGUUUUUCUUCACCGCACAGGACAUGUCGGACAAGUUCAGUCACUUGUUUUUCCUUCUUGACCGUAAACUUGAAUUGGACACCGUGGAUACUUCAAAGCGGGCUCUUGAAGAUCACAGAUCCUUGAGGUUGAAGGUUGUCCAAGCACCCGUUUCUGCUCUUGAAGCUGAAGCAGAUCGUCUCACUACAUGGUUGAGGUACGGAGUAGCUGCGGCUAAUUCGGUCACUAGCGUUAGCCCAUCAUGUAGUUCUUCUCAAACCCACCCGGUCUCGAAUUCAACAACUCCUGGCCACUGUCAGACUCCCGGUGGAGGUGCUUCGUUUCUGGCUACUUCAUGGGUGUCAAUGAAUCCGGACUUUCAACAGUUGAUCCCUCAAGUUCGACAAACGGUUACGAAAUUGUACGAAUUUCGUGCUCAUUUACAACAGAAAUGGGAAACUGGUCGCUCGCGUCUAGAACAGAUCUAUCAGCUGCGUUUAUUCGAGGAAGAUGCCAAUCGUAUGGCCACUUGGUUAGGACGCCAGCGUCAAUUGUUUUUAACUGAAUACCUUGACAUUGGACAAAAUGCAUCACAUGCGGCCGACUUGUUGACCGAGCAUAGACAGUUUGUUGAUGGCUGUUCAGUUGCGUUCGAGCAAAUCGCUCGUUUAACCGGUGUCGCCGGAAUGUUAGCGGAUGUGGGUCACUUCGCCAGUCAGCAGAUUUUAAAGCAAGCCGGUCAAUUGGAACACGAGUGGAAAUCGUUCGUAGCUGCAUUGGAGGAUCGGUCUCGUGUGUUAUACCUCUCAGCUAGCUUUCACGCUCGUGCCCAAUCUUUCCUCGGCAAUUGUCCGCACAGGGAGUCUGCUAUGCUUCACGUGGAUGGGAAUUCUGUUCAUGAACUUCACCAGGCGCUGUUGACACUACAGAGCUAUUGGCAAGAGGCACAAACCGCUCGUGAUGAGGUAUGUGAGGACGGUAGAGCGCUAACAAAUCACCUGAGCGCACCCAUUCCAACAGGCUCGCACACUUCUCUUACCGCAGCAGUGGACUACUCGCAGGGUCGAAAGCACUGCACCGAUCUUGUCCAUGAAAUUUGGGCUUGGUUCAAACAACUGGAACGUGUUUACAAUGAACGCAAGCUUCGCCUCAAUUGCCGACUCUCUGUGCUCAUGUUUAAAGAGGAUGUUGGUCAGGUGUUGGCAUGGCUAUCAGACCAUGGAGAACCUUUUUUGCAGCGACAAACUUCAGUUGGCAAGUCAAUUACGCGCGCAGAACAGCUUUACAAUACUCACAUGCAAUUUGAACAGGUUGCGGCAAAGACAUUGGUUAACGCAGAGAAGCUUAUCUCCGUUGCUGACGAGUUGGCUUCGCAGGCGGAUGACCCGGAGGAGGUUUUGCAGAAAGCCACCGAGCUUCAACACCGUAUUUCGGCCUUCACUAGAGCCGUAGAGGCUCGCCGCGAGACGGUAGAUCUGGGCUGUGGCUUCUACAGCCACACAAAGGAGAUUCUGACUUGGUUGCAUUGUGUACGCGAGGGCUACAAUCCUGGCGAACAUCUACCAGCAACUAUCGAAGGAAUGGAGGACGAGCUAACCACCUUCCAUCGCGAUCGCACAGCCAUCGAGGAGGGUGCUGAUCGGGUUUCUUCUGAAGGGGAGGCGUUAGUCACACGUCUUAAGGACAUAGAAGAAAUAGCCCAUGUCCAAUCGGUGUUAGCGCAAGUGUCAAGUGAACGAGCUGCCGUAUCCACCUUGCAAACAGAGCGCCAACUCCGUUUGGAUUUGUGUCUACAACUUCGGCUUUUCGAGGCAGAUGUUAACUCCGCCUUGGAUUGUUUGCGCCACAAAAUCCCUUCCUUUUCCCUCUUGGCAUCCAACCGAGUCGAUAAUAACAGCUUGAAUACCACGGGCUCUAGCUUAACUGCACGUCCACAAUCUCCAUGUUCUUCUGGUCAGCCCAGUUGGAUUUCAGACCUAAGGCAGGCACCCAAUAUUGGUGCGUUAGAAGAAGUUUCUUCAGUAUGUCUUUCUGUGCUACCCACCGCAGAAGAGGUCUUGCAUAAGGGCGCUGAGUUAUUGAGAGCGUUCGAAUCCGUUGGGGUCAAUUUUCCUGCAGGUGGUCCUGGAUCUAGUGAUUCCGGUGUCGGUGAUAGCGUUGAAAGUGCCAUUGAGCGGGUGCACCGUCUAAGCAACGAACUAUCUGAAGCAGUAGCUGUUGUUGAUGAGUUGAAUGAACGCAUCAGUGGCGAGUUGGACUGGCGGAGGCUACAAGCACAAAGUGAACAGGUCCUUAACUGGAUUAACCAAUGCCAGGAAAUCUUGAGAGAGACGUCUGUCAUUCCUACCACCCUUGCCGAGGCACAAGCGCUUCAAGCAGAGCACGAAAAGUUCCAGCCCGUCCUGAACGAUGCUCAUCCACAGGCUGUUCAGUGUACCGCACGGGCUAGUAUGCUACUGCAACAGGCAGCGGCUAACUCCAGCAGCUUAUCUACUUCCACGGUGGGUGGCGAGCACCCACAUCGCAAGGACUAUCGAGCUGUCGCCGAGGCAGUUGCUGAUCAUUGGCAAAAAUUGGUUUACGCUGCUGAAGAUCGUCACAAGCUUUUAAUUGCGGCUACUAACUGGUACAAAACGUCUAACCAAGUGACGAAUGUCCUCUUCUCGCUGGAAAAGGAAUAUCGGCGCGAGGAGGACUGGUGCCAGAGUGAGAAGGCCGGCACGGACACUUCUGCCUACCUUGCACAGCUUUCACUGAAGCAUGCUGAGCAAAAAGAAGCUUUUCUAAAGGCUUGUAUGCUUGCAAGACGAACUUCCGAUGUGUUCAGUCGCUACCUGCAUCGUCAGUCUACGGGAACCAAAGGGAGAUUAGAAGUGGAAGAGAAGAUUCGCACCGCUAUAAACGAAUUGAUGACCAAAGAACAAGCGGUUCUUGAAGCUUGGGCUGUACGGAGACGUCGGUUGGACGAUUGCACAUACUUUAUCAAUAUUAAGCGCCAAGUCGAGGAGCUGCUCACUCGUGUUUACAGCCAGUCACAAGACAAACACUCACAACUCAAGGUCCCGGCUACUCUGACAGUAAACACUCAGCUGGGCUCAUCUCUCAUUCAGGAAGUUAAUCGAGCUUGCGAUAGUUUGGAUUCAAUGAUUUCAGCCUCUAUGCCUUUGUCACCAGGACACACGAUUCAACUUAAAGCGUUGCUCAAACGUCUUCAGGAGACGCUGCCUCCACCAUCUCCAGUGGAUCCAUGCAACACAACGUGUAAAGCUGCUUGCUCCAACGAAGCACAUCGCCCCGCAAAAGCUGACUACAAUAUAUCCUCAUCUUUUCCUGCUUCUACUCACGCAGACCCGUCUACACCACGCACAAAGCGGCCAGAAGCAGAGACUGAUCGUACAUCCAUCUCAAGUACCAGCAGUUCGGGGGCAUAUAGCAGCACCACAGCUGGAGGCAAUGACAUGUUUCUCGUCCCACCUACUGGUACAACCGCGACCGCGAACGCUGCUGUCACUGGUCUAACGCAGGAACAGCGACGCAUGAUUCGUCGACGCGAAAACCUCUUGCAAGAGCUUAUCCAAACUGAAAGAACUUACAUCCAAGCUUUAGAGCAGUGUUUGGAUACGUAUCGCAACGGAUUGAUUUCACCUCCACAACCUUUCGAGGCAAAGGUUCCUCCUGGCCUAGUUGGCAUGGCCGAUGUUGUGUUCGGGAAUAUUCCGGCCAUCUACGACUUUCACAAGCUCGUGUUCGAGCCGGAAUUGGGCAAAUACACAGAGGGCGGCGGGUUUCUUCCGGAGGACGUCGGUCACUGCUUUGUGAUCCACAGCGAACGCUUGGCUGAGUUGUACAUAGAAUACUGUGUAAAUCACACUGAGUCUACUCGUUUAGUCAUUGAACACGGUCAAAGCUACUUUCAGCUGUUGCAACAUCACUACAAGUUGCUUGAACCGUUGCAAUCUUAUCUCAUCAAGCCCGUUCAACGUGUCACUAAGUAUCAACUAUUAUUACGUGAAUUACGCGAUUGCUGCGAUCCGGCUAGUGUGGCCGAACUGACAGAAGGUUUGGAUGCGAUGUUGGACGUUCCGAAACGGGCUAACGAUGCCUUACAUCUCAGUAUGCUGCAGGGUCUACCGGAAAAUCUUCCCGUAUCUACUUUGGGCGAUGUGAUUCUACAAGACCAAUUCAUCAUAUGGGAACCAAAGCAAUUGAUUAAGAAAAGCCGCGAGCGUCGUGUUUUUCUCUUCGAUCAUUGCCUUCUUUUAGCGAAAGAGAUCCCCACACAACCCGGUGAACAUAAAGCCAAGUAUCACUACAAGUCCCGUCUGCUACUCGCUGAGUGCAACAUCACCGAACACAUUGAAGGGGAUCAGUGCAAAUUCGCUCUCUGGACCGGGCGGGUCCCUCCUGUCCAGGAAUACCGCAUGGUUUUGAGAGCUGCGACUUUGGAAAUGAAGCAGAUAUGGGUUCGUGCGCUACGCGAGGUUAUGCGUGAACGCAUGUUUUGCGUGCAAAGUCUCUACCAGCAUCAACAAAACAUCGCUCCUGGCAAACCUGGCACUUUGAACGACGAGGCUGAAAUGUUGGAUACAUACUACAUUUUGGAGAACUAUCAGGCUACAAACCCCAAGGAGUUAUCGGUCUCAGCGCAUCAAAUCGUUCAUGUGCUAUACCGCUGUCACAGCCAACAACUGCCCUCUUCACAAUGUGAUGAUGAUGAGGACAAAUCCGCGAAAAUGGGUUCCGGCGAAUGGACUUACAUUCGUAUGCUCACCACAGGCAUGACCACCUCCGUUUCCUCCCCCAUCAAGGAGGGAUUCAUCCCCUCUCGCCUCAUCGGCGCACCCUCAGGACGUCGGCGGACGGUUUCCACCACCAGUAACCGGCGCUCUAGUACCGCCAUCCGUAAAUGGCUGCCCGUUGGCACAGACGCUCGACGCGGUACUGCAGGUAUCGCGCUUCCGAAUAAGCGAGGUUCCAAAGCUGAUAUGCAUGAACCUCAGGCAUUCCCAGCACCUUACCCCACUUCUGUGCCCCGGGUGACCUCCACUGGCUACCAGCCACCUCAUUCGCAUACCAACCAAUCCGUCUCUAAUUCUGGCGCGGCCGUGUUGGAUAACGUGUCUGAAGAGAGUAUGGAUGUCGAACUCCCACCACCGAUGCAGGAACUUCAGGUGCUUCCGACGAAAACAGUCGUGGCUGAGACUGAUCAGACAUCCACUCCGAUUGGUCCUUCUAUCGAGGAACUUGUACAUGAUCUUUCUCGACCCUUGGUUACCGAGCACAGGAUGACGGAGACUCCUCAUCAGACUUGUACUGUAUCGGAAACCCUCAAAACCAAUUUCCGAUUAGCCACUAUUGCCGAGGUGGCUGGAGAUGGGGGGUCGGCUCCCUGCACUGUCCCUACUUUGGUCGGCCUUCCAGUCGGUACAAAUCUGUCUGCUUUGGGUAAUCUGAGAUUACAUGGUAGUUUAAGUGUCGCGGCAAAAUUGGUUGCUGGGACCCGACUCGGAACAAAUGGAUCUCAAUUGCUUACCGGACCAGACGAAGAAAUGCUCCGAGGCGUGCUGGACGAGGGUGCCGAGUUGCACUUCACUGGUCGUCACUUUUUUCUAUACGACAAAGCGCUGGUAAUCUCUGAUGCGGCAGUCGAGUUGCUGGAUUCAUGCAAUGCUGCUCCAAACCCUCUGUUACAGUGCGAGUUUCGUCACGCUUUGUCGGUCUCCCAGAUUUCUAUCCUGGAGGACAUAAACGCACUGGGUUCCACGCCGACCGAUGAGCAUUUUCUCUGGUUUUGUAUAUCUGAACGCGCUCGCAACUUAUCUGUACCCUCGCCGUUCGAUUCGUCUUCUGAUUCCGCCUGCGCGUCGUCGUUGCAGUCUUAUCUGUGCUAUGUGGUUGCGCCACGUUCGCCAGACACCAGGGUCCGGUGGUUGACCGAACUGAAUGCGAUGGUGACUGCAGCUCGUCGUUCGUCCCAUGCGUUCCCAUUGCCCUCAUCAUAUCUUCAUGUGGACGAUUCGAACUCAUUUGCAUCUCCGUCCCAGCAGAGAGUAUCCAUUGCGGCUGCUUCCGCUGCCUUGUAUCCCAGUGGACUUUGGUUUGACCCAAAACUUCUGGAUUUGCCUCGGCUUGGUCGCCUUCCGGCUUUUCCAACGUCCUCUUCUCCCGAUUCAAAACAGCUUACUUCGAUCUCUUCUUCUGCAUCGACAGAAGCUGAUGUUUGUUCGGUUAUUCAGGAACACACGCAUUUGGCAUUCACUUCCACUUCUUAA